AUGUCCAAAGGGAAUUUGAACCAAUUUUAUGAUCGGCUUGGAACGGACUUUCACCUUGAGGUCGCUCAAAACUACGGUCCUGUGGUCCGAAUGCAAAGCUUACUUGGAGAACCAAUAUUAUACGUCUACGACCCCAAGGCUCUUAAUACCAUUAUCACCAAGGAUCACCAGUCGUAUCAGGAGGAGGAACUCUUUGUAAAAGCGAACAUGCUAAUUUUCGGACCCGGUCUGAUUUCUACGACAGGCCAUCAGCACCGCAAGCAGCGCAAGAUGCUGAACCCUGUCUUUUCUAUUAAUCACAUGCGCCAUAUGCUUCCGAUCUUCUACAGUGUUACAAAUAAGCUUCACGAAGCGUUGAGUUCUCGUCUUCGUGAUGGACCUCGCGAGCUCGACAUGCUUAAUUGGAUGGGACGUACCGCUCUCGAGCUUAUUGGGCAGGGUGGCUUGGGAGUUUCCUUCGAUCCCCUGAUUGAAGACACUUCGGAUCCCUACGCGGAUGCCGUGAAGAACAUCAUACCCACCCUUUACCAGCUGACUCUUCUGCGGCAAUUUGUCCCAUAUGUGGAGAGUCUCGGACCCGUCUGGUUCCGUCGACUCGUGGUCAAGUUAUUCCCGCACAAACAGCUUCAGAAGAUGAGGUCGAUCAUCGCUACCAUUACUCAAAGAUCGGUGGAUAUCUACGAAGACAAGAAGAAGGGCUUGACGAAAGGAGACGAGCUUAUCUCCAGCCUAGCAGGGGAUGGGAAAGAUAUAAUAAGUAUUCUCAUGAGUUCCAAUUUGUCAGCAUCUGAGCCCGAUAGGCUUACUGAAGACGAGAUCAUCGCUCAAAUGACAACGCUCCUCUUCGCAGCCAUGGAUACAACAUCUAAUAGUCUCGCUCGAAUUCUGGAGCGGUUGGCUCAGCGUCUAGACGUUCAAGAGAAAUUACGCCGAGAGAUCAUACAAGCAUGGAACGAUUCAGACGGAAACCUGUCCUAUGACUCUUUAAUGCGACUCCCUUACCUUGACGCUGUCUGCAGAGAGACCAUGCGAGUCGACCCAGCAGACAACCUUGUGGUCCGCCAGCCCAUCAAGGAUGUCAUACUUCCCUUGUCUGAACCCAUUCGUGGAGUAGACGGCACACUCAUGCACCAAAUAUUGAUUCCAAAGGGAACGAAGGUAAUCAUCGGCAUACUUGGAUCGAAUAUCAACAAGGCUCUAUGGGGUGAGGAUGCUCUAGAAUGGAGACCCGAACGGUGGCUUGCGCCACUGCCUAACGCUCUAACCGAGGCACCGAUUCCCGGAGUGUAUUCCAAUCUGAUGACCUUCUCUGGGGGAGGGAGGUCAUGUAUCGGUUUCAAAUUCUCCGAGUUGGAAAUGAAGGUCGUGCUAUCAGCAUUACUUCCAUCCUUCACGUUUGAGCUGACGGGGAAGCCUAUUGUAUGGAACGUCGCAUCGGUGAGAUAUCCGACAGUAGGGAAGGAAAACAACGAUGCGCAAUUGCCGCUCAAAGUAGGCCUCGUGUCCGUCGUCCACGCCUGA